GCGGUUUGGCGGGUUGUUUGAGCUCACUUCCGGGUUUCACAUACGGUUUAUAUUCAUAAAUAAUAUCGUUAUAUAUAAGAGAGGAGAUGGUGGAAGGACCCGGAUGUACACUGCAUGGAGAGAAAAUCCGCUCCAGAGUGAAGAAGGGACAGAGAGUGCUGCAGAUUAGAGGAAACGCGGUAAAAGUGUGUAACCAUGGUGGCGGUGCUCCGGGAGACCGGUUCCAGUGUUUCGGUGGCUGUGAGUACACCGGAGUGCAGACGCUGGGUAAAGAACUCUUCGUGUACUUCGGAGGCCGAGCGUUAAGGCUGCACUUCGGGAUGGACGGGUCCAUGCGUAUAAACACAGCGGAGAGGAACGACAGCAGAGGAAAUCCCCCGACUCUCAUCAUCUCACUCACUGAAGACACGCUGACCUUCUACAACACCACUGCUGAAAUCCGACUCUCUGAGGACUGCAGUGAGAAGGUGCGUCUCAUGGCGAGUCUGGACGUCUGUUCUCCGAGCUUCAGUGUGUGUGGUGCGGUGGAGGCGGUGUGUAGAGAGAGCGGCCGCAGUGUGUGUGACGUUCUGCUGGAUCAGUCGGUUCUACCCGGAGUCGGGAACAUCAUCAAGAACGAAGCGCUUUUCCUCACUGCGCUUAAUCCUGCAGUCAAGGUGAAUCGUCUGAAGCCUGAACUCGUCCGGCAUCUGGUGAAAAUGACGCGGGACUUCACGCUGCUCUUUUAUCAGUGUGUUAAAAGGGGCUCGGCGGUCUGUAAGCACUGUAGGGUGUAUAAGCGCUCCAGCUGUGGUCAGUGCAGUGGUGCCGUCACCGUGUGCCGCUUAGGGAACGAUAACAGGAUGACGUACUUCUGCUCGCGCUGCCAGACUGAAGAUCCGACUGAAAUCGACAUCAGUAAACUCCCCGGCCUGAACACGUUACUGAGAUGGACGAGUCAGAGAUCCGUGCAGGACGUCGACCACGUUGCCACAAAAGAGGAAGAAGAGUGGUCAUGUGACCUUUGCACUCUGAUUAACCGACCAAUCACCAAGUUCUGUGAAGCGUGUAUGAGUCCUCGACCGCUGGCUGCAGUGAAGGAUCCUCCCUUCUUUAGUGCACUUAUCCGCUUCCCUCACAACGCUUUCUCCAAACCGCAGCAGGAAGUGAAGCUCCACCGCAGAGCUGCGUUCGGGAACACCACCCUCGUCUUGUCGGACCUCGGCUCCGGACCCGCCCCACCUCCCAGUCACGCCACUGACCGCAGGAGUGGCGUAGGGUUAGGGAGUGACUCCAGCACUGCUGGGAUUGGGACACAGCCCGCACGAACUCAUAUCUUCAAACGAGCCUCACCUGGACUUCCCAGCAUUCCCAGCAAGAGGAGGAAGACCGGGAGCGAACCUCUGACGGGAGGAGAGGUGCAGGAUAAAAACCCGCCCGCUUCGAGCAGUAGCACUACAUCACUACCCACAAUCCCUUGCUGCACCACUCACCGCCGUCCCAGCAUCCUCAGGGUGGUCACUAAAGAGGGAGAGAAUAAGGGCAGGCACUUCUACACUUGCGCACUUCCCCGAGGCUCGCAGUGUAACUUCUUUGAGUGGGCCGACCUGCACUUCCCCACGUGUCAUCACGGUAAACGCUCUCUGAUGAGAACCGUCCUCAAACUGGGGCCGAAUAACGGGCGGCGCUUCUACGUUUGUCCUCUGAAACAGGGGAAACAGUGCGAGUUCUUCCAGUGGGCGGAGAAAAGCCCGUGAACCAAUCAGCUGCUCGCAUGUCUUCACACACAGUUACAUCCAGCACCGUGGAUCAUUUUAUUAAACAUUCCAUUUAAAUAUGCAAAUGUAAGCCAUUUCUUUUCUUUUAUGUUGGAUCUGCUUUCUUUGGGUCCAAUUAAUUAAAUAGUGGAAAUAAAAAAACCCCACUUCAUUACAUUUAUAAAAAUCUUUACAUUCUUCAAGCACGUACAUUAUAUUUACAUACAACUUAUUACGACUUAUUUCCCCCAGUUUCUGAAAGGCUUUAAAAUUUCCUGAAUACAUAUUUUACAUUUUUAUUUUUUAAAUAGAUUUUCAAUUUUUGGGUAAAAACUAAAUUAUUUUAAGAAUCAAAGUAAUAAAAAGAUUGUUUAAAAAUUUUAUUUAAUUUUACCAAAUUUCUAAAGGAGACUUCUUGGAUGGUGUAAAUACAUAUUUACUUCUCUACUGAAUAAAAUAUUAAUAUUGAAUAUUAUUUUUAUUAAAGUAUCAUUAUUAAAAUGAGUUUCUCUGUAC